GGCGGCCAGCAUGGAGCGAGUGGCGGCGGCGCUGGGGCGCGUGGCGUGGAGCCCGGGGCCGCCGCUGCCCCUCGACCUCAUCGUGGCCAAGGGCCGCCUGCCCGCCCUCGUGCGCCCCGCGCCCGGAGAGUCCAUGGAAGGGGUGAAUGAUCAGGAUGUUCUUUUCGUUCAUUCCUGCCGCCAAUGGACCACAGUGACAGCCCACAGCCUGGAGGAAGGACACUACGUCAUUGGGCCCAAGAUUGACAUCCCCCUCCAAUACCCAGGUAAAUUUAAGCUGCUGGACCAGGACAGGGACGUCCGGGAGCCAGUCCAGUACUUCAACAGUGUGGAGGAAGUGGCCAGCAUCUUCCCAGAUCGAGUGUUUGUGAUGGAGGCCAUCACCUUCAGCGUCAAGGUUGUGUCGGGCGAGUUCAGCGAGGACAGCGAGGUGUACAACUUUACACUGCACGCGGGGGAUGAGCUGACGCUCAUGGGGCAGGCAGAGAUCCUGUGUGCCAAGGCUGCAAAGGAGAAGUCACGCUUCAAUACUCUGCUUCGCAAGCUGGGCAAAGCGGGAGGCCCCAGCAGCAGCAGUGGUGGAAGCGGUGGGAACGGCAGUGGAGGUGGUGGCAGCAAGCAGCUGAAAGGCAAGAUGCCGUGCCUGAUCUGCAUGAACCACCGGACCAACGAAAGCCUCAGCCUCCCCUUCCAGUGCAAGGGGCGCUUUAGCACCCGCUCCCCACUGGAGCUGCAGAUGCAGGAGGGGGAGCACACCAUCCGCAGCAUCAUCGAGAAGGUGCGACUGCCUGUCAACGUGACCGUCCCCAGUCGACCGCCUCGCAAUCCCUACGACCUGCACGCCAUCCGCGAGGGCCACUGUUACAAGCUGGUGAGCAUCAUCUCUAAGACUGUGGUGCUGUGCUGCAUCCUCCGCAGGGACGAGGUGGCGCCCUUCCACUUCCUUCUGCUCACAGACAUGCCCCGCUUCCUGCUGCCAGAGGGGAUGUUGCGUGGAGGCGGAGACGCCCAGCUGGAAAAGCUUUUGCACGAGUGUGCCGCCCUCUGCCAGGAAUGCUUUGACCCCAACGAAUACUCCAAGGCCGUGCGCGAGGCCAAACCGGACUUCUCGGAAGAGUGUGCCAGCCCACGUCGUGUACGGCUCUGCUUGCAGGGCUACGCCCACAACGAACUAGCCCAGUCUUUCCAGCGCCUCUCGCUCUGCCUUUAUAGCGCCGCCGAAAGUGGCUGCCAGGACUCCGAGCACUCUGCCCAUCUUGCUGAGGCUUCAGACUCUGAGCGCGAGUACAUGACGCCCGACUGGGCCGAACCCACAUUCCGGACUCAGGAGCUCCCGUACGAGGAGCUGUGGACCAAUCAGAGCACUGAGAACUACUCGGAACCCAGCAGCAACCUGCCAGGAUUGGAGAGUGCCAAUAAGGGCCAUCGUGAUCUCAUCUCCUUUGCAAGCAUCUCCUCCCCGUUUGGCUCCCCACGUUGCCAAGGCCUCCUGAAAGCCGAGCCUUUGGGGGAGAUUCCGCCCCCAGUCCCACCCAAAUCCGAAGCGGUGAGGGAGGAGUGCCGCCUGCUCAUUGCGCCCCCAGUACCCCCACGGGGUGGCCACCCGCCCGCCUCUUCCAGCCCUCCAGUGCCUCUGCGCUUCCCCAAGCUCCAGCCGGCUGCUUCGCCCAGCUCCAGCCUCUCCUACUACUCAUCUGGACUUCACGACAUCGUGUCAAGGCCACGGAGUGGCAGCUGCUCCCCGUCUCCGGACUCCUACUCCCUCUACUGCUACCCUUGCACGUGGGGUGACUGCAAAGCUGGGGAGUCCUCUACCCGCCCGCUUUCUAGUCCCCAGGCACAACCACAGUCUCCACCGCAGCCCACACAGGUGUCUUCGUGGUCAGAUCCGUGGGCCUACAGCGACCUGGGACCCAGCGUGGCAACCGGCCGAUCCACCCCGCUGCUGGGAAGCGGCGACUCCGCCUCCAUCAAGAGCUACCACAGCUGCCCCCGCCUGAAACCUCCCCCUCCUCAGAAACGCUUUGCCCCCUUUGGGGCUCUCAACCCCUUCGCCAAUCUGGCCUAUUCCUCCAGCCCGGCUUCCUCUGGCUCCUCAGACUGGCUGGAGUCCCUCGAGUGGCAAAAGCCUGCUGCAUCCUCUCCAGAGACCUUUGACCCCUUUGAGGGCACUUCCUCCCCAGAGGGGGAGCUGCACUACAGCCCUGCUCCCCCUCCUCGGCCGACGAAGGCCUUUGAGCCAACCGAAAACAUUGUCAUCCGCACGGCUGUGGCUCCGUUGUCUCCUACCAUUGUUCAUGGUGCCGAGGGAGGGGUCACUCGCUUAUAUUUGGCCCAGGGGGUCAUUGAGGUGCCGCCAGCCCGGCUCAAUGGGGACGGCUCGCCCUGGCAGCCCCCGGCUGACCUGUCCUCGCUGGCCCUCGAGGAGGUGUCCCGGUGCUUGCGUUUCAUCGGCCUCUCGGAGGACGUGGUCAGCUUCUUCGCCCGUGAGCGUAUCGACGGCAGCAUCUUUGUACAGCUCACAGAGGAGAUCCUGUCAGAGGACUUCCACCUCACCAAACUUCAGGUCAAGAAAAUCAUGCAGUUUAUCAAGGGCUGGAGGCCUAAGAUCUAG